CGUCCCAAAAUCAUUUUCUGAGCAUCGGUCUUCCUCUGAAUCGGAGAUAUUUCCACAACCACGCGUGCUCUCUCCGGCGUCUUCCAUGCUUGGGUUGACUGUCAGGACGCCUCCUACAGUUCCCAUAAGACUUUGCGUCAAAACGGCGUACUUCCAACCGCAGGGGUCACCGGGAUUGAUAGGGAUGUUUCCAUCAUGGCGGCAUCCAUUUCAGGUUAUACUUUUAGUUCUGUGUGUUAUCACAGCGCCAACAGCAACUCGGAUCAUGAGGGCUUCCUGUUAGGAGAUGUAAGGCAAGAAGAGACUGUGAGCAUCAGUGACACACAGAUCAGCAGUGCUGAACUGCUACAGGUAGUAGAAAUCCAUCACCAUGAUCCUUGUGCACAGUUGUUUAGCUUUUAUGACUACGCAGGUAAAGUCAAUGAAGAAACUCUCAACAGCAUUCUUAAAGAUAGACGGAAAAAUGUUAUUGGUUGGUACCGGUUCAGAAGGAACACACAGCAGCAGAUGUCGUUCAGGGAACAGAUCAUCCAUAAACAGCUGACCCAGCUGCUUGGUGUGCCCGACCUCGUCUUCCUUCUUUUUAGCUUCAUCUCCACUGCCAACAGCUCCACUCACGCACUGGAGUAUGUGCUCUUCAGACCUAAUCGCAGUAGGUACAACCAGAGGAUUACACUUACAAUCCCAAACCUUGGCAACACGAGCCAGCAGGAAUACAAAGUCUCCUCAGUGCCCAACACCUCACUCAACUAUGCCAAGGUCAUUAAAGAGCAUGGGGCUGAAUUCUUUGACAAAGAUGGUGUCAUGAAGGAUAUCCGAACAAUAUUCCAAGUCUACAGUGCACUACAAGAUAAACUACAGGCUGUGUGUGGCGAGGUAGAACAAAGUGAGCGUGUUAGAGAGAAAAUUCAAGAGGAUGUGAACAAACUCAAACAACAAAUUGCUCUCAGGAAACGCAAGACUGCAGAAGAGGAGAGAAGGCUCCGUGAAGCCCAAAAUGCAGACUCCCAUUCCACUCCAGAGGAGAACACAGAACCUUCUGAGGCUUCCCUACUGUCCAGGAUACCUUUCCCCACACCCUCUGCCCCAGAGCGGCCCAGUACCUCACCUAACCCACCAUCUUACACUGACCUCAUGUCCCAAGAUGACUCUCUGCUGCCCUCUUCUUCCCCACCUACUAGUGCUGCUCUGUUACCCCGGCCACAAGCUGUGGGCUCCCCAGGACACCCUACCCCUGGGCCUAUUGGAAUGGGCUUGGGUCUUGGCCUCGGGCUGGGCCUGGGCCUGGGCCUCAGUGCAAGUUCAAAUCCCGUUACCACUCCCAGCACUCCGUAUCUUGGCAAUGGUGACGGAUCGAGCUCUGACUCAUUAGACAGACAAGCUGCAGGGCAGGAAGACGAUGAAGAUGAUGAUGAUGAUGACGACGAUGAUGAUGAGGACAGUAGCGAAUAUGAGAACUUAGUGAGUGAAGGUGCUCGCCUGCCAAUGGUCUCUGCCAGCGUUUUAGCUCCAGGUCGACCAGCUGCCCUCAGUCCUGACGGGGACGCUCGUGGCUCACAGGCCACAUAGACACAUGUGUAAGAGACACAAAUAUGUGACACACCUUGAGAGGUGGGCAUCUGAAGCAAUCAAAGAUAGGCAAAUACAGACAAAAGAAGUGCCAGUCCUCAAAGUGAAAGGCAUGUGCAAGUGGUGUCCCACUGUGUGUAUUCUUGUCUUAGUCUGAUCUCCAUUUUAAGGGGAAACCUUACUAGGCUUUGCAGGCUUAAACAGGUGCGUCUCACUGGGAGGAAGGUCGUUUGUCUUUGUUUUCUUUCGUAUGGGGCCGGUCUAGGUAUUUAAAUGUGGAUCUGUCUGGUUUCAGGGUGAGAAGUGGAGAUUACAAUUAUUCAGGCCAACUGGUUGGUUAAGAGAUUAGCCAAUGCAUUCUGUAUGUUAAGUGUAUAUCUGUUUCACAUUUGCAGAACCCACUCUUGCAUUACCUCUUGCACAUUUUUUUUUCUAAACAAACCAUCUAUGAAAGUGAAGGGAAAAUAUUCUGCGGCCUUCAAACAAUUUUAAAUGAAGUAGGCAAAUGGUUGUUUACUUUUUAAAUUUAAUAGAGAUAUAUGUAACUAGAAUUUCUUUAAUGUGCACAUUUCUAUCUUUGAUUUUGGACUUGUUUUUUUUUUUUUUCCAUGUUCCACAGUCUUUAAUUAACCGUACCAUUGCCUAUUUAAAUGAUUAGAUUUCAAACAAAUUUACUCUGCCACUUCUAGGAUGUGUGCUUUUAUAUAUACAUAUAUAUUUUGUCAGAUUAACAGUUGAUCUAAUUUGACUGACAGUGUCAAUGUCUUGUUCUUCUUGGAUAACACUGAAAUUGUAUGCGCUUUGCUGCACUUAACAAAAUUUAAGGUUUCUUUAAUAUUAUGCUAUACCAAUGCUGACAUGUUGUGCCACUUGAGUAGUCCUCAUUGACCAGCCUGAGCCAAUAUCAGCUCAGCUCUUUUGCAUUGUAUGGGGUUCACAGGGCAAACAGUGUACUGUAGCUUUACUAACCAGAUGCUUAUGGUUCCCUUCUGCUGCUGCAACACAGAGAGCUACCACUAAAAAAAAUUGCAUCUGUCUGUUCUUCAUAUAAAAACCUGGCUGCUACUUUCACUUUACAGUGCUGGUUUUCUCAAUACUACUGACCAUGUUCAUAUAACCACUUCAAGCUUACUUCUCACUGACAUGUUCUUUAUUAAUAUUAUAAUGGAAGACUGGCACCCCUGUACAGUGUGAAUUGCAACUUUGGGAACAGAGACUGAGCAAUCACCUUCCUGUCUUUGCGUAGUUGAAUGCAAACCUCAUGUUUUGUGACCUGCUUUGGGUCAAUGUAAAGUAUAUGGACCUGGUUUAAUGUGAUGAAAACAUCAUGACCUUGCUUCAGUAUACAGUGCCUUCCACUCAGGGCAGUUUCAGUCUGCACACAAAACACAUUCACAGACCUCUCUCGAGGGAUAAAAUUAUAUUUAAAAAAAAAAAAAAAAAGUACUGUUCUGUGUUUGCAAUAAUCAACUUCCACUUUUUUUUUUUUUUUUUUUUUUUU